AUGAAGGGCAUCAGCACCAAAAUUUACUUCGACAAGUAUAAUCCUAACUCGGAGAAGGGUGAGGAUGUCAGGCGCUCUCUGGCCGGCCUUGACUACUCCCCGCUCCCUCGAGUGACUGGCCGCUCGCUGGCAAUGGGCUGUUUAGUCUCUAUGGGUGGCUUGAUCUUUGGCUACGAUACUGGCCAGAUUUCUGGGUUUUUGGAGAUGCCAGACUUCCAAAAGCGCUUUGCACAAUCCCAAGGAGACGGAAAAUACAAGUUUAGCGAUGUCAGGUCCGGGCUCAUAGUCGCAAUGCUCUCCAUUGGAACUCUUCUCGGGGCUUUACUAGCUGCUCCUCUUGCGGAUAGGAUUGGUCGUCGCUUCUCAGUUAGCUUCUGGUCUGUCAUUGUCUCUGUCGGCUUUGUCAUCCAGAUCGCAUCUGUCGAUUCCUGGGUUCAAGUCAUGAUCGGUCGUUUUGUCGCCGGCUUUGGAGUUGGGGCACUGUCUGUUCUUGUCCCCAUGUUCCAAGCCGAGACUGCUCCGCCGUGGAUCCGUGGUGCCCUUGUGUGCACUUACCAGCUCUUCAUCACCCUUGGCAUUUUCCUCGCCGCGUGUUUCAAUUACGGGACUUACAAAGGCCAGCAAAACAAUUCGGCAUCUUGGAGAAUUGUUAUAGGCCUCGGCUGGCUCUGGACACUUAUUCUGGGCCUGGGCGUGCUUUUGUUUGACGAAACUCCGCGAUAUGCCUUCCGCAGAGGGAGGACCGAAGAGGCCAAACAAACACUGAUGAAGGUGUACGGUGCUCCUGCCAACCAUUACGCCAUCUACACCCAAAUGGAGGAGAUUGAGAGCAAAUUUCGUGCUGAGGAUCAAACGAAAGGAAAUCCCAUCCACGAAUUUGCAGUUAUGCUUCGGGCGCCACGAAUGGGGUAUCGAAUUGCUCUUGGUGUGAUGCUACAGGCCUUCCAACAGCUCACCGGUGCAAACUUCUUCUUUUACUACGGCACCACAAUUUUCAAGUCCGUCCAGAUCAGUUCUUUCGUCACACAGAUGAUCCUGAACGGUGUCAAUUUUGGAGUCACCUUCAUUGGCCUCUACCUCGUUGAGCACUAUGGGCGGAGAAAGUCGUUGAUCGCCGGGAGUCUGUGGAUGUUUGUCUGUUUUAUGAUUUUUGCUUCAGUCGGCCACUUCUCGUUGGACAACCAAGACCCAGCCACGACACCCAAAGCCGGUGUGGCUAUGAUCGUUUUCGCGUGUUUGUUUAUCCUGGGCUUUGCUACGACAUGGGGUCCUAUGGUCUGGACUUUGAUUGCCGAACUCUUCCCAUCACGAUACAGGGCCAAGGGUAUGGCCAUUGCAACCGCCAGCAAUUGGACCUGGAAUUUCCUCCUUGCUUUCUUCACUCCAUUCAUCAUCAGCGCGAUCGAUUUCCGCUACGGGUACGUCUUUGCGGCAUGCAACUUGGCUGCAGGACUGCUUGUGUACUUUUUCGUCAUUGAAGGCCAAGGCCGAACACUCGAGGAAAUCGACACAAUGUAUAUUGAACAUGUGUCUCCGAUGAAAUCGUCGAAGUGGGAAGCACCCACUGCGGCGGAGAUGGCCCGGAUCAGAAGACAGGCUGGUACUGAGGUUGGUCCAUCAGACGAUGUGGAAGGUAGGGGAAUCUACAGUGGAGAGACCGAAAGAGGGCUCGAGGGCGACAGAGAAGUCGACAAAGCUAGGGAUAGCCAUGCUCAUCACGCUGAGAAGGUCUAA